AUGCAGGAGCUCUUGACUAGCUACGCGGAUCCAGCAGCAGGACAAGGUCAAGUAAUGCGGUUAGACGAGGACCAGCACGACCAGAUACACAUGUUGUUGCAGGCGAUGGAGAUGAUACCUCGCUGCUCCAAGCGUAAACAACUGCUACGCCACGUGCAAGACGUCCUCGUGACGAGGGAGGCUUCAGCCCUGUUACGAGAUGUGCUGGGCGACGAAGACUCUGAUGAAGACGAUCUGGACGAGUUUUGGGAGCACAAGUAUGAACACAUCCAGGGCAUUCGUUAUGCCACACGGCCGUCUUACUAUCAGAAGCGAAAAAUCACUGGCACAAGCUACUUUACAAUCACGAGCACACGUCUGACACGGACUUCUUAA